AAAUUGUUUCCCAGACUGUGAACUUCCAGGCUGCAGCUUCCGUCCCUAAGCUGUCCUGCAGAUGUGCUGGUCUUGAGAUGGGCUGAGGAGGCCCAGGGGCUUCUGCUUGGCGGGCGCCCCCAUGCCCUUGUCCCUGUUCUUGCAGGAAGUGCCGGAAGCGGCUGGGGAGCCCUCCGCGGGCAGCCUGGCGCCUGCCCUUGCCCGUCUCCUCUGCAGAUGCCGAGCGGCUCACCCAGCGCACACAGGGCCCACUUUGCUGCAGCUGCUGUGGUCACGGGCAGCCACGGCCUCUGGACGCAGUGCCGAUGGGGCUGGACAACACCGUGGGGGGGAGCCGCCCAGCGGGGACCUGAAGGAAGGGCCUUUCUGGGAGGACCAGUGUCCCCUCGAGGUGGUGCUCCCCGCUGAGAAAGCCGCGGGCCGUGAGGGCACAGGACAGAUCUUCAGCGUGGUCGAUGGAGAGAGAGCAGCAAGCUGGGAGGGCCCUCGAGGGCCGGGCAGGAAGCACCUUAACAUCGAUGCGCUGCAGUGCGAUGUCUCCGUGGAGGACAACCGUCAGGAGUGGACGUUCACGCUCUACGGCUUGGACCACAGCGGCAAGGCCACCAGGGAGGAGAUGUCCAGCCUGAUACACACUAUCUACGAGGCCGUUGAUGCCUCCGUCAGCCUCUCCUCUGGCGGCAGCAAGACCCUCCGUGUGAAGCUGACGGUUAGCCCUGAGUCCCCCCGCAGGAGGAAGGAGAGCCCCCCGACGGGCCAGGCCCGGGAGCCCACUCGCUGCGGAAUGGAAGCCGAGCUCACCGAGGACCCCAGGGGGGCCGACAAGAGGCCAUCUGCACACACCAGGAGGCCCGGCGCCGACCCCCACGCCUGCUGCGCGCGGGGCCCAUACAGCGUGGAUGAGAACACCGAGCGGAGAAAUCACUACCUGGACCUGGCUGGCAUCGAGAACUACCCGUCUAAGUUCGGACCCGGGGCCCCACCAGUGCAGGCCAAGCAGGAGCACCCGGGCAAGGCCGUGCAUCCCCAAAGCAGGUCCCGUUCCCAGGAGUCGGACACACACACCGCCCACCACUGCAGGUCCCAGGUACUGGCCGACCACCCGCUGCCGGCCACAGGGCCCACCGUCAGGACCCUGGACGUGCAGCCCCGAUUGAAGGGGCAGGAGAAGCCGCUUCUCAAGUCCCCCAAGGGCUCAGGGCGGCCACCUGGGGCGCCCAGCGGAUGCAAGCCCGGGAGAACUUUCGGCUACUACCUGCUGGCUGCCCCGCCCCAGGCCCCCCAGGACGGCCACCACCUCCCGCAGCCCUCUGGCCACAAGCGGUCCCGGCAGAAGAGCAGGGAAGGCCACUCGCCACUCAAGGCGGUGCUCAGCCAGCCCGCGGUGCUGGAGCACGAGGUGGUGCGGGACCUGCCACCCAUGCUGGUGGGGGAGGGCUACGUGGUGCCUGUGGUCCAGCGCCACGAACACCACCACCACCACGAACACCACCACCACCACUACCACCACCACCACCCGUCCUAGAGCACGCUGCACGCACCCGGCCGCGGGUGGGGGCUCCGCAGAGGUGGGCAACGGCUGCUGCUGGGGAGGGCCUCCUUCCGCUGUGCUCCCCACGGCCGCGGGGACCAGAUGAACACCUGGGGUGCCACUGGCGGCUGCUAUGAAGCUCAUUUGUGUAGCCCUUAAAACCUUACGUAAGUGCGGAAAACACACAGGUAUCUGCUUUUGUUGGACUUCAAGCGAGGCCCCUGCGGUGUGGAGGGGCUCCGCUCAGACGCCCCGCGUUUGCGGCACACAGGGUGGCAAGGGCUCCUUGUUACGUGGCCCUUCCUGUAAUUUAUUCAUUAUGAAGUCAGAAGGGGUGGGCUCGGGGCAGCUGUCGUCCGUGCGGCCCCCACGCACUGAUGGCCGGAAGGAGGGCGGCCACGCGGGAUGGGGCGCUGUCAGGAAAUGUGGCAGGAGCCAGUGGGGCAGGGCCGAGGGCCUGCGGGAGGCAGCAUCUGGACGUGCGUGCCCCUGGCAUCUUCACUGGACACAGAUGUGGAUGGCAGGCAGGCUUCUCACGCUCGGUGGACACAGACACGUACAUCCAAACGCUCGGGCACAGCCUCGGUGAUGCUCCCCUUCGGGAAAGCGGAAUUCCCUGUGGACGCCAGGAGAAGGGCUGAAGACCAGCAGGACGCCCGGGGGUGCGGGCGGCGGUCCCACUGAGGCAGGAAGCUACUUGUCCAGGAGCAGGGAGAGUUGCCAGCAAGUUGAGAAUCUGCCAGCAGUUUUGCAACAGUGGGAGCCCGCCCCCCCCCAGGCUUAAUAAAAACACAUGCAUUUUGGACUACGU